AUGCCGCCAUCCGCUAACACAUUUCUCUCCCCUCGCAGAGCUCCCGAAGACGAUUCUCACGACCACAUCGGCUCCAACAGCUCCACACCCCCGGGUGCUGCAACCCCACGACCUGACCCCACGGAUAAGCGACUGCCGGGUAUUCUUCAUAGUUACUUUGGCCAGGUUCGUGAUUCUCUAAUCCCCAGUCGAAAGUCUUCGGUCAACCCCUCCCCCGCACCUGCCUCUUCCGCUUCUGAUUCUGCCACAAACACAAACACAACCUCUCUGCGUUCAAACCCUCUUCCUAGCCCCACUCCCAGUGCAUCUUCGCGGCAUCCCUCAGCAUCGCAAUCGCAUGGUGAAAACGGGAAGCUAACAGAAGGCGCUUUCGCGCCACCACGAGAUCAGGCCACACCCCCGCAGACUCCUCGGACUCGUUCACAAGAAGGCAAGCCACCCACCUCGAACCUGUCGACCACCUCCCUCGCAUCCAAGGCAAAAGAAUCCAGGACCGGCCCCACCGUCGGCCCGCCCAAGGGCAAGCUCUCGGUUUCCAUAACAGAAGGACGCGGCCUGCGUCCAAGCAUCGAUCCCUAUGUAGUGUGCCAAUUCCAGUGGGCAGAGUACAUCUCUGAUGGUCCCCGAAACGACUCAAAGAAGAGUGCCCCCGGACGGGGUCCAGGAGGCAUGAACAUCAAGCGUACGGAGAGUGAGAUGGGCAAGCCGAUGGCGAUCCCCAUGAGGAGCAGGCAGAGCAGCAACAGCGGCACAAGCUCCGACCCAAGAGAGAACAGCCCUUUCAAGGAGGUCACCAAUCCCACGUGGGAGCAUGACGCUAUCUUUGAUGUUGUCGGAGACCACUCGGAGAUCGACAUCUCGGUCUACGAUCGCUCCAGCGGCGAGGCCUUCCUAGGCCAUGUCCGGUUCUGCCCUAACCUCGUCGAAUACGAGAAACCCUGGGAUGGUUGGUUUACUUUGGAGGCCCGCGACGGAGAGGCGGAUCAGGUCGUUGCCGGCGAGAUCCACCUGAAGAUCAACUUCCACAAGACGGACAAGAAGCAGUACGGCCCGGAGGAUUUCGAAAUCCUGAAGCUCAUCGGAAAGGGUACCUUUGGUCAGGUCUUCCAGGUCCGCAAGCGGGACACACGCAGGAUCUACGCCAUGAAGGUUCUGUCGAAGAAGGUCAUUGUGCAGAAGAAGGAAGUCGCUCACACGCUCGGUGAGCGCAACAUCCUUGUGCGAACAGCGAUGGCCGACUCGCCGUUCAUCGUCGGACUCAAAUUCUCGUUCCAAACACCCACGGAUCUCUACUUGGUCACUGACUACAUGUCUGGCGGUGAGCUCUUCUGGCACCUUCAGAGGGAAGGCCGCUUCCAGGAAGCUCGAGCGAAGUUCUACAUUGCCGAGCUCAUCCUCGCCCUCCAACAUCUCCACGACCACAACAUUGUGUACCGUGACCUGAAGCCAGAGAACAUUCUAUUGGACGCCAAGGGCCAUAUUGCCUUGUGCGAUUUCGGACUGUCCAAGGCCAAUCUUACCGAGAACGCUACCACAAACACCUUCUGCGGCACAACAGAGUACCUGGCUCCUGAGGUGCUUUUGGAUGAGCAUGGCUACACCAAGAUGGUCGAUUUCUGGUCUCUCGGAGUUCUAGUCUUCGAGAUGUGCUGCGGCUGGAGCCCGUUCUACGCCGAAGAUACCCAGCAAAUGUACAAGAACAUUGCCUUCGGAAAGGUUCGAUUCCCUCGUGAUGCAUUGAGCACCGAGGGCCGCAACUUCGUCAAGGGACUCCUCAACCGAAACCCCAAGCACCGACUCGGCGCUACCAGGGACGCCGAAGAGCUCAAGGCCCACCCGUUCUUCGCAGAUAUCGAUUGGGAUGCUUUGGCCAAGAAGAACGUCGUCCCACCGUUCAAGCCCAAAUUGAAGUCUGAGCUCGAUGUUUCCAACUUCGACCCCGAGUUCACCAAUGCUUUGAACGGAAACGGUUCUCUCAAUGCCCGGGCGGCAGCUCUUGCUUCGGGCGUCAACCCAGCUUCGACCCCACUCUCGCCCACGAUGCAGGCCAAUUUUGCCGGCUUCACUUUCGUUGACGAGAGCACAAUUGAGCAGCAAUUCAGGCAUCGCGACGAUCUCGAGCGGAUGGACGAGGACGAGAAAGAGGAGGAGCCCGAUUGGGACAGGCCUGCUGGGCGGGGAGAUCGCAUGAGCGGCGUUAUCCCCAGUCACGAUCACGACAUAUUUAACCAUGGCAAUUUCGACGUUUGA